AUGGUCUUUCCUAUAAUCGUUGGAGUCGGCGUCACAGUGGCUGCUCUUACCGCUAAGGCCGUCACCCGGACCGUCGGUCGGUACAGGAGACUCAGUCCUCAGAUGAUCGCAACGUUGAAUAAACUCCGGAUUGAAAAUCACGAGACCGACUCGUUAGCGAAGCAUGAAGGCAACGCUUCCCAUCUCCGAUACUUGAAGUCUCGCUUCGAUGCCACAGGUUUCGCCCACACCAUGACGGAGAGAGAGGCAUUGCUAGUGUUGGGAAUCGAGGCUAACGACAUAUCCAGCUUGACCAAGGACAACCUACGGCAACGGUACCGCAAGUUGAUGGUGAUGAACCAUCCUGAUCAUAAUGGCAGCGUAUACUUGUCGCAGAAGAUCAACCAAGCCAAGGAGGUAUUGGAGAAAAGCUACUUAUUUAGAAAAUAG